UUGGAUCACCUACAUCUGCCUGCUGCUUACCAGGUAGCUAAGAGGUAUGUCAACAGCCCAUAUCCUUACACCAGUGCCAUGCAGGCUCUUGAACAGAGAUACGGUCAACCAAGACAAUUAAUUCAGAGCGAGCUUAGAGCAAUCCUUAAUGCUCCAGCUAUUCGACCAGGUGAUGCACAGGGAUUUGAAGACUUUGCAGCAGCUGUUAACACACUUGUGGGCAUGUUGAACACAAUGGAAGGGCCAUCUAGAUAUGAGCUGCAGUGUGGUUCCCACGUUGACACUUUACUGACCAAACUUCCUGUCAGUUACAGAGACUCAUUCAUAGAAUACUGUCUCAACCAGCACAUCAUCAUGAGUGGCAGUUCUAGAACUUAUACAUUGUCAGAAUUUUCGGAGUGGCUGGAAAGGAAGUCCCAGGCCAUUCAGAUAUCUCGACGGGUAACAGGGCCAGUGCAACCAGAAGCCUUUCGGCGAGAACAGAAAUUCCUUCCUCACUCUAAAGCCAAGUCAGCCACAAUUCUCACAGGCAGUGAACAACCUCAAGCCAUCAAUUUGCCCUCUAGCUCAUCCACAGGAUCUAAAAUGGCAGCUACAGCUAAAAAGCAGGAUCGCUUUAAGCCCUUUUGUCCCUUCUGCAACAACCAUGAACAUUACCUCAAUGCUUGUCCAGCUUUUUGCAGGUUGAACCACACUCAAAGGGGAAGCUGGGUGAAGGACCACAAUAAAUGCUGGAGGUGUGGACGAGGUCACAAACCAGACAGCUGUACUCUUAAGAGAGCGUGUUCUACAUGUGGGGGACUCCACUUGCCCGUUCUACAUGAAGUUGCAGUUGCUGUGGAGAAUCAGAGCAUACUAACAGUGAGCACAACCAAUUCUCAAGUUUACUUGGAUCAAACCAGUCACUCAGGCAGAGUCAUGCUGAAAGUAGUUCCAGUAAGACUUCGCAGCGGCAAAAGGUUUCUGGACACUCAUGCAGUGCUGGACGACGGGUCUGAAAAAACAAUCAUACUACCUGCAGCAGCCAAACAUCUGCAUUUAGAAGGACCUGAGGAAGUGCUGGCUCUUAGAACAAUAAGACACGACCUUGUUCACCUGAGAGGUACCACCGUCUCCUUUGAGGUAUCAGCUCUGUCACACCUGAAUGUAAAACACCAGAUUCAUAAAGCUUUCACAGCUGCAGAUCUUAAUCUUGCUGAGCAGUCUUGUCCAGUAGACACGCUGAAGAGAAGAUAUGGACACCUCAGGGACAUUCCUUUACAAAGCUUCACCAAAGUACAGCCUCUGCUGCUCAUAGGAUCAGAUUAUCCGCAGCUGAUUACACCAAACUGCCCAAUUCGUAUGGGUCCGCUUGGUAGCCCUAUAGCAGUACACACACAGCUUGGCUGGACAGUGCAAGGACCAACAACCUUUUUCCAGCAACCCUCAAACAUAAGCUCAUGCCUUCACACCACAUUCCUUUCACCUACACAAGAGUUACGUCAACAUGUGGAGCGACUGUGGCAGCUUGACAUACUGCCAUCAAGGAACGAAAAAGAAGUAGUCCGUUCUAAACAAGAUAAAGCUGCACUUGCCAUGUUGGAACAGAAAACGGUACAAGUAACAGUUGAUGGUGUGAAUCGCUACGCUACUCCACUGCUGCGAAAAGUGGAUGCACCCAAAUUUCAGGCUUCACCAAAUGCUGUCAUGGCUCUUUUAAGAGCCACAGAACGCCGCUUGAUUAAGGACACUAACCUGGCAAAUGUGUAUAACAAGGAGAUUCACAAACUUGAAGAGGCAUGUCAGAGACAACACUGAGGGCAAUGAAGAGGUAGUUGAGUCUAUCCAGCAGUCUUUCUAUGUGGACAACUGCUUACAGUCACUUCAGUGUCAGCAUCAGGCUAAGAAACUCAUUGACAAAAUGAGAACAUUGUUGAAUACUGGUGGGUUUGACAUAAGGCAGUGGGCUAGCAAUGUUCCUGAUGUGAUUGCUCACCUACCCUUCGAAGCAAAAUCAGAGGGCUGUGAACUGUGGUUGUCAGCUAAUAAAACUGAUCCACAAGAGUCAGCACUUGGAUUGAUGUGGCACUGUUCACAAGACACUUUCAGUUACAAACACAGACCUGUCUCUACAAAUGGUGAAACCUCAAUGAGAACUGUUUAUCGCAUCCUGGCAAGCCAGUAUGAUCCACUCGGAUACAUCAUACCCUUUACUACAAGGGCCAAAAUUCUGGUUCAAACAUUAUGGAAGAGGGUUGAAAGCUGGGAUGAACCUCUACCAGCUGAUCUCCUUUCAGAAUGGCAUGCAUGGGAAGAAGAGCUUCCAAACCUACAAAAAAUAACAAUACCUAGGUGUUACACACCAGCAUGCAACAACACAUCCUCUACUCUCGAUAUACAUGUCUUCUGUGAUGCUUCAGAGAAAGCAUAUGGCUCUGUGGCAUAUUUACGGGCAGAAACGGAUGACUCUAUCCAAGUUGUGUUUAUCAUGGCGAGGUCACGCGUGGCACCUAAGAAGCAACUCUCUGUGCCACGCCUUGAACUCUGUGCAGCAUUGUCUGGGGCUCAGCUUGCCAAAACACUGAACUCCGAACUUACUCUUAACAUCAGACAGACAGUCAUGUGGUCAGACUCAACCACCGUGUUACACUGGAUAAACUCUGAGUCAUGCACCUACAAAGUUUUCGUAGGCACACGAAUUGCAGAGAUUCAAGACCUUGUUGGAUGUGAAAACUGGAACUAUGUAGAUUCAGACAACAACCCUGCUGACGAUAUAACCCGGGGUAAGACCCUCACAGAUCUGUCCCACACCUGCCGAUGGAACCAAGGUCCAGAAUUUUUGCAACAGUCUCCAGACCACUGGCCUAUCCACCCCUCAGUGCCAGUGGAAGACUCAGAUGAACUCCGCAAAUCCAAAUUCUGCGGUAAUGUCUCAAUCAAUCAUACCUCUUUACCUAAUGUAGAUAACUGCAAAUCAUGGGACAACCUUAUCAUGACCACAUAUGAGUUUCUGCAUGGUGCUGCAGCACCCCCUAUGUCUGCCACAGACCGCAUAGAGACUGAAAUGGCUGUACUCAAACGUGCACAGACUGAAAGCUUUCCUGAUGAAGUACAUGCCCUUCAAGCCAACAAACCUGUGCAUUCAAACAGUCGAUUAAGUUCCCUUGCUCCAGCAUUAGACCCUGAUCUAGGCCUGAUUAGAGUUGGUGGUAGAUUACGGAAAGCUGCAACACUACCAGAGGAUGCACUUCACCCUAUUGUGCUGGCACCAGAACACCCCAUAACCAAACUGUUAAUCCAAGAUUUUGAUAACCGCCUGAUGCAUGCAGGUCCUGAAAGAGUCUUCGCUGAGUUAAGACGAACCUAUUGGGUUCUCAGAGGCCGUCAGAUGGUCAAAAAGCACCAGAGACAAUGUGCUGAAUGUAGGAAAUGGCGUGGCAAGCCUGUUAUACCUAAAAUGGCAGACAUACCAGUUUCUCGUCUGAGGAUUAAUCAGCCUCCAUUCUGGUCGACAGGGAUGGACUGUUUUGGUCCCUACGUGAUCAAAAUUGGCAGACGGCAGGAAAAGAGAUGGGGCAUAAUAUUUAAAUGUCUCACUACAAGGUGUGUACAUCUCGACUUGUUAUGCAACAUGGAUGCAGAUUCCUUUUUAUUAGCCCUCAGACGCUUCAUAGCAAGAAGAGGAAAGCCCUUUGAACUUAUCUGCGACAGAGGGACCAACUUCAGAGGGGGAGAGCGUGAGCUCUCUGAAGCUUUCGCAGAAAUGGAACCAUCCCUCCGAGAGCAGCUAGCCAACCAAAAAAUUUCCUUCAUAUUCAACCCACCGCACGCGCCUCACUUUGGAGGAGUAUGGGAGAGGGAAAUUAAAUCUGUCAAGGCUUCCCUCCAAGUUGUUCUGAAAGAUCAUACCUUCUCAGAGGAAGUCCUGAGUACAGUGUUGAUCGAGGUGGAGGGUAUCUUGAAUUCAAAGCCCCUGGGGUAUGUAUCGUCUGAUAUAGCGGAUCCAGACCCGAUUACCCCCAAUUUGCUGCUUAUGGGGCGGCGAGAUGCUUCCCUACCUCAGGCUGUCUAUGGACCCAGUAAUCUGCUUGGACGGCGUCGCUAUAGACACAGCCAAGUGAUCGCCGAUCACUUCUGGACCCAGUUCCUCAGAAACUACCUACCAAGUCUUCAACUUCGACAGAAGUGGCAGAACAUCACACCAAACCUAGCAGUCGAUCAGGUUGUAUUGAUUGCAGAUUCCCAACUUCCCAGAGCCCAAUGGCCUGUCGGAAAGAUAACCAGAGUCCUACCAAGUGAUGAUGGUGCAAUCAGAGCUGCUGAAGUGGACAUUAAAGGCAACACAUACAUCCGCCCUAUGGCCAAACUGAUUGUGCUACCAGAAAUGCCUGAAGAUUAGCUUGUAGCACCAGUCGCUAAGCUGGACAUUUUGUGGAGUUACAAAUUUCCUGUGUAAAUUUGUGGGGCGGCUGUACAAAAUUCCCUGCUUUACGCAUGCGCGAGUCCAGACUUGUCCAGACUUGUCUGGUGCAUGCGCAAAAGUUUUCAGUUAGACGCUACUGUCCAGCAUAAUAGUUUGAUACGGAGUUUCCCUGGCUUUAUUCCUUUAAAGUCUGUUUUUCCUUUGUGUGGUAUUGCUGUGCGUUUAUAACUCCAAACCACAUUUUGUGCAUAUUCACACAAAUAAACAUUCAGACUUGACAUGUUCACUCUGGAGUAGCUGCAGUUCUUUCUAACCGGAGAAAUAGGCCAGCUGAGUUCCAACCACCCAACUGCGCACAGAAUAUCCCACAAU